CCCGCGCUCUCACUCGGUAGCGGCUUGCGGACCUACGAUCCGCUUUGCGCGAUACACACCGUAAACAAAUUCCAUAUAUCGUACAAUAUUCGGAAAAAUAUACCUCUCUAAGAUUUUCCAAUUUUCCACCAAUUGGCGUCACGUGUGCGAAAUUUUGCAACGUGAUUUCGCGCGCCUAUUCAACUUGUUAAAUGUUGCUUCACUAAACCAACACUGGUUGCAACAUUUGUCAAAACUUUUGGAAAAUACGUCCAAAAAAAUAAACUUAAUCGUGAUCCUCCUGUAACUUAAGUACUGCGUGUUGGAUUGCUCGUCUUAAAUUGCCGUUGCAACAGUGCAGAUUCCAAGGUUGCUCGUGAGAAAACUUUUGAAUAGUAUUUGAUAUUUUGUGAUGUGUUAAAACUAACGUGAAACAAUGUUGUCGAUGGAUUCAUUAUGGUGUGGCUCUGAAAGUGAGUUGUCCACAUUGAGACUAUGUAAGAGUGCAGCGGAUAGACCGGAGUACCGGCUGACGAGACGCAAGCCCUCCAAAAGCCUGAUCCCGCAAGCAUUACUGCACGCGCCGGAGCCGCAGCCCAGGACACAUCGCCGACGAAGGUCUGGUACUUGGCCACGGACAAGGUCCCUGAACGCACCCUCGCCGAUACAGCAGUUUGGACCAUGCGGCAGAAUAAUGAAAAAUUCGGCUAUGGUUAUGCAAAUCCAGGACCCGGCAUCGCAGCGGCUGACGUGGUACAAACCGCCGCUGACGGUUCUGGUCAUCAAGAAGGUCCAUGAUGCCACCAUCCUGGCGCCCUUUGUGCAACUUGUACAUUGGCUCGUUCAUGACAAAAGCAUGGUGGUCUUCGUGGAAGCGGCAGUACUUGAUGACAGGUUACUGGCCGAGUAUGGAGACUUCACGUCAGUCAAGGAGCGCCUGAUGACCUUCAGAGCUAGUACAGAUGACCUCACGGACAAGAUUGACUUCAUCAUCUGUUUGGGAGGAGACGGCACGCUGUUACAUGCUAGUUCAUUGUUCCAGCAAUCAGUACCUCCUGUGAUGGCAUUCCACUUGGGCUCUCUAGGCUUCCUCACGCCGUUUGAGUUCAACAACUUCCAGGACCAAGUCAUGAACGUUCUAGAAGGCCACGCAGCGUUAACGCUACGGUCACGUCUCCAAUGCGUAGUGUUACGCAAAAGUAGGGACGACAAAGAUGGCAAGGAGAAGAAGAAGCCGACCACCAUACUGGUGCUGAACGAGGUGGUGGUGGACCGAGGACCUUCGCCUUAUCUCUCCAAUAUCGAUCUAUUCCUGGAUGGGAAGCAUAUUACCUCCGUGCAGGGAGAUGGUCUAAUAGUAUCAACGCCGACGGGUAGUACAGCGUACGCAGUAGCGGCGGGGGCGAGUAUGAUCCACCCGUCAGUGCCCGCUAUAAUGGUGACACCAAUCUGCCCCCACUCACUGUCCUUCAGGCCUAUCGUGGUCCCCGCUGGAGUGGAGCUCAAGAUAAUGCCCACCCUAGAAGCGCGUAGUGCGGCUAGUGUGUCGUUCGACGGGAGGUCCCAGGUCACCCUCAGGCCGGGCGAUAGUCUCUACGUGACGACAUCAGUGUACCCUGUGCCCUCAAUAUGUGCUCAGGAUCAGAUAUCCGACUGGUUCGACUCAUUAGCAGAGUGCCUGCACUGGAACGUGCGUAAAAAACAAAAACAGAUCGAUGAACUCAGCGACCUGACGCAUUCAUCCAGCGAUAACCUUGAGGAUCUAGAUCAGAACCAUCACGACGAACGACCUGUCGACACAUGACCAACGAGGUUCUAAUCAAAGAGUUCUGAGUGUUUUCCUUCCAGGGUAUAGGCAUACUUUGAGCAAAGAACUUUUUUUAAUCGUCUGUAAGCGAAAUGCCAAUGUUUGUUGUAUGUGUGUGUGUGAAUAUGACGUUUAAAGAGUAACGUUUUAUUUAGAUGUCGAGUAUCGAUUACGACAUUCGAUGUAUCUAGUAUAAUUUCCUAAUAUUAUAAAGGCAAGUUUAGACUAAUUUUUUAAACGUCUAAAUUGACUCCUUGACAAAAAAAAAUAUAUUCAUUCGUUCUAAAAAGUAAGUUUUUAAUUUUUAUAAACAACGAAAUUGUUUAUGUGAGAAGUGUUUUGAUAAUAAUAGCUAUUAUGAGUGUGGAUAACGAUAUGUCGGUGUGGCUGGAAAUGUUAUUCAGCCAUUUAUGUGAUACUGAUAUCGAUUAAACGUUGUUUUGACAUUCCCUUGGACAAUAAAAAAGUAAAGUGUUAUGUCUUUCUCGGGUAUGUUCGGUUUCUGUAUUUUUUAUUUCCGAUUUUUUUCAUGGACUGCUCAAUCGAUUUCUCAAAUGAAAUUUUAUUAAAGUUGGUUCCACAUUUUUGUUGCGAAUAUUUUACAAUCUCAUUUGUACAUAAUCGUGUAUUUCAAUUUAUAUGGUAAACAACUCUAAACGUGUGAAGGUGCUAACUGCAAUAAAACAGUGCCAAGUAAAUUAUAUGUAGGGUGAAACAGUUUAGAUAAACCCCAUAUUAAUAAUUGUGCUAGUUAUAGAGUUGAGACGGUUAAAACGGCCAGUUUCACCCUCGAAAAGUGGUGCUCAACCUUUUUUGAAUUGAUAAAUGGCUUGAGGUCAUAUCUAAUGUAAUGUUUAAACUCCUUUUUUAUUCAGAGUAUGUUUCAUUGCACUGUGUGUAAUACAAUGAAAAAGAGAGAAAAGGUUGGGCAUCUCUGUAUUUGUCUUUAGGUAUAGUGUUCAACUGCGAGCACAAAAAGUAGAUACCUAGUAAAUAGGUUUUUUACGUUCAAGCUGUUCUUGUAUGUAUAGGGAUUGAUUAUUAUGUGUACAAAAUAAAUCGCGAUAUUUUAUCGAAUGAGACAGCAUCAUGUCACAGUUAUCAAGUUCCUUGGCUGUUUGUAAUAAUUAUCGGCAGCUAUAAUUUUAAACUGCUUACAUUUGCGCCAUUGCUUGAUAAAAACCGGUUAAUUUUCCUUUUUUAAAUUUAGUAUCUGUGGGUCUAAGCACAGACUUCUUCGUCGCUGCCCUAUAACUCCGCUAUGUACUUUUACCUGAUUGUAUUUAUACGCUUUUUACAAUGUUAUGUAACAAUAUUUAUUGGGUAAUGGCAAUUUUGUUCGCGAUGCAAUAUGAAUAAUAAGUAAACAUUUUAUGUUUCUUUGUAAGUACUUGUAUUGGUGUUCCAUGAGUAUAAUAAAAAGAUUAAUUAUUAUGUAUAUAGAUUUACUAUAAAUUAUAUAAAUGCGAA